AUGGCACCAAGGAAGACUGCAAUCCUCAGCGUGUACAAUAAGCAGGGCCUACUGGACCUUGCUAAAGGCUUGAUUAAACAUGACAUCCGUCUCCUGGCUUCGGGAGGCACAGCGAAGCUCAUUCGCGAGGCAGGCUUCGAGGUAGAAGAUAUUUCUGCAAUCACCAAUUCUCCAGAGAUCCUGAAAGGGAGAGUCAAGACCCUGCAUCCAAAAGUUCAUGCGGGUAUCCUGUCCACGAACUCAGAGAGUGACGAAAAGGACCUUGCCGAGCAAAGUAUAGACAAAGUGGAUUUUGUUGUCUGCAACUUGUAUCCGUUCAAGGACACCAUUGCAAAGAUCAACGUCACAAUAGAGGAAGCCGUGGAAGACAUCGACAUAGGAGGCGUUACAUUGCUCCGGGCCGCAGCAAAGAAUCAUGCUCGCGUCUGUGUGCUGUCAGAUCCACAAGAUUAUGCCGAAUUCUUGCAAGCGAUGGACAAGGGCGAGGUCACUGAGAGAAGUCGCCAACUCUACGCUCUCAAAGCUUUUGAACAGACUGCAGACUUCGAUACUACAAUAGCAGAUUUCUUUCGCAAGAAGUAUGCCUCAGACGGCAUCCAACAAUUGUCCUUAAGAUAUGGAGCAAACCCGCAUCAGAAAUUUGCAGCAGCAUUCUGCAAAGACGGUCCACUGCCUUUUAAAGUACUGAAUGGAGCACCUGGAUACAUCAAUCUGCUGGACUCGCUUAAUGCUUGGCCUCUGGUGAAAGAGCUGAAGCAAGCCCUGGGUCUCCCAGCAGCAGCAAGCUUCAAGCAUGUCUCGCCGGCCGGAGCAGCUGUUGGCGUUGCCUUGACAGAGAGAGAGAAAGAAGUGUGUAUGGUCGCAGAUAUUGAAGGACUUUCGGAUUCGGCUCUGGCUAUGGCUUAUACGCGCGCGAGAGGAGCUGACAGGAUGUCAAGUUUUGGAGAUAUUGUUGCGCUCUCAGAUUCUGUGGAUGUCCCGACUGCAAAGAUUAUCUCGCGCGAAGUAUCCGAUGGUGUGAUUGCUCCUGGGUAUUCUAAAGAAGCGUUCGACAUACUGUCGAGAAAGAAGGGCGGAAAGUACAUGAUCUUGCAGAUGGACGAGGCGUACGAGCCUCCUACAACUGAAAGUCGGACCGUCUACGGACUACAGCUGCAGCAACCUCGAAAUGACGUCAAAAUUAGCCCAAAGGAUACCUUCAAUGCCAUCAUCACUCCCAAAGACUGCCCGCCGCUCCCAGAGUCUGCUCUUCGAGAUUUGACAGUUGCGACCAUUGCCGUCAAAUACACGCAAUCCAAUUCAGUGUGCUACGCUCUUAAUGGCCAGGUCAUUGGACUAGGCGCUGGACAGCAAUCACGCAUUCAUUGUACGAGGUUGGCGGGUGACAAGGCCGACAACUGGUGGAUGAGGUUUCACGAAAGAACAAGUACUUUGCAAUGGAAGAAAGGGAUCAAGCGUGCCGACAAAAGCAAUGCUAUCGACAUGCUCUGUAGCGGACGCUUGGGGCAAUUAUCGAAGUCAGACAUUGAAACACAAGAUUUCUUGCAGAACUUCGACACCAACAGGGCACCUGUGGCAUUCACGAAUGAAGAACGGGAAGAAUGGUUGAGCCAAUUGAGUGGAGUGGCCGUGUCAUCAGAUGCAUUUUUUCCUUUUACGGAUAACGUAUACAGGGCGUCCAGAAGCGGAGUAAAAUAUGUUGCGUGUCCGACAGGCAGUGUGGCAGACCAGGAUAUAUUCGCUGCUUGCGAAAAGCUGAAUAUCACGUUCGUCGAGCAGAGCGUGCGGCUUUUCCAUCAUUGA